CCGACAGGCCGAGCGCUAUUUUGAAUAAGUGCGCGAGGCAGCGGUCAGUAUAAACUCCCCACAGGACUGAGCGCUAACGCUAGCGGCUACUGACCGCACACACCGAGACGGGUUCUGGAAGGAAAGAAGAAUGAAAUGUCUAAAAACAGAGGAGUACGUCCAGCGGAUAUCCUGCGUAAAGGACACUGUUGUUCUUCAUGAUGAGCUGAAGAAGCAUGUAAAAGGCGGCCUCGGACCGUUCGGCCGGACGGCAUGUGACCGGAUAAUUCGAGCCUGCAACCAGCGCCUCGGCGGAGGAGGACUUCUUGACCCUGAGCUUCAGGAGCGUCUGGUGGAUCUGGUUGAGCUGGCCACAUGGGGCUACUGCUCCAUCACAGAACCCGGAGUACAGGGUUCCUCGCUUUAUCUAGAGAAGAUCAUCUUCCACAUCCUUCAGAAGCUGGCGACGCACGCAGCUCAUGCUGCUGCGGGUCGACUCGGGGAGCUGAUGUACCUCAGACUGCAGGGAGUGUCCUCGAAGGCUGAAGACUUCAGUGUUCUGGUGCGGAACUGUUUUGCCGUCCUGUGGAACGGCUGGAGCGGUGCUCAGGCCUCCGGUCUGUCGCCGAGAGAGCGACUCAGUGGGCAGCUGCAGGCUCUGCGCUUCCGUCUGCUGGAGGGGACGUCCUCCACCUCAUCGAAAGUACCUCUGUUUGUGGAGGAGGCGCUGAGCGAGUACGAACGUGCACGUGGGAGCUUGUCCCAGGAUGACGCUGCGUUUUUGCUCUCGGCGUUCCGGACACGUUUCCUCAGUGCGCACGUGGAGCAGGAUCACGCACUGACUCCGCCCCUGCUGGCUGUGAGGUGUGAGGCAGUGGUGAAGGUGUGUAAGCCGCUGUGUAAGAGCGGACUGUGGGAUGAAGCGGCGCGGCUGGUGGACGGAGCGCUGGAGUGCGUACAGAAGCUCAGCGAGGUGUUGGGUCUGGUGCUGGUUCUGGCGAGUCGUGCUGUGCGACUGCAUCGAGACCUCGGCGCCGGCGGGGAAUGCAGCAGGGCGUUCACAGAAUGCGCUCGCAUCCUCAGAGGCCUGCCUGCUGCUCUGAGUGACACGGAAAGCCACGCCCUGCUGGAGGCGUGUCAGCUGGUUGUCUGGGCAACAGAGGCGGGGCAGUCGAAAGGCAUGGGCGGAGCUACACUGCUGGCCAGUUUUUCCUUCUGGGAGGAAUAUCAGGAGUUUCUACUCAAGCAGCAAAAGGGCUCGUUCUCACAGCAGCUGCAGUAUUCUCUGUGCUUCAGUCUGUACCAGGGCUUCCUCAGCACCUAUGACAGUUUACACACCUCACAGGACUCAGUCGUUGAAUGUCUGGACAGAAUCCUGUUAUACUGCCAGGCAACAGCAGGACGCAUGAUGACUGAACUUCGCAAACUGUCCAACGACGGCUUCUUACUGAAAGCAGUGUGUGUGGUGAACAAUGUGGUGUACGAGUUAUUUAACAGGAAGCUGUAUGAGGAAGCGUAUGGACUGGUGGAGAUUAUCUGCCAGGAGCUGAGUAAAGACUGUCCAUCCUCUUUCCCUGUGGACAGAGUGAACCGUUGCUUCAUGUUAGCAGUACAGUGCAGUCGACGAGCGUCUCAGUUGGACCGAGCUCUGGAUUGGGUCGUGCGCUGGAUUCAGCUUUUGGGUUCGCGAGUUCUGGAUCAUCUCUCAGAACCGGUGUCACUGUGGGUUAAGACCAAGUGUGACGCUGCGCGGGCCGGAGAGGACGACACGCGCCUCAGGACCCUGAGGGACGGUCUAGGAUCUGCAACAGCGGACGAGGAGGUGUGUGUGCGUCUCCUGGAGGAGGAGCUGCGGGUGUACAAGGAGCAGAGUGGAGACACGGCACAGGAGCGCUAUAACACUCUGUGUGACCUCCUCGAUAUCUGCCAUGAGGAAACCACACACACUCUCCGGCGGGCCUCUUACCUGUGUGAGAUGGCUCAGGUGGUCUGUUACCACGACUUCAGCCAACAGACUGACUGCUCCGCCGUGGAUUUUGCCCAAGAGGCUCUGCGCUUGUUGGAGGAGGAGCCAGAGACGGUGGAGAACUCUGAUAGGCUGAAGGAUGAAAAGGCCCACGCCUCUCUCUGGCUCUAUAUCUGCACGCUUGAGGCCGAUCUACAGGAGGCUGUGGACAUGGAGAAGCGUCUGCGUGCAGUGCAGGACGGCAGUAAGACUGCUGCCGAUCUCGAUCCGGUUCCCAUGAACGAUCUGGAGUAUGAAGACAAGCAGAAAGUCCAGGAGAGUCAGCUGGUGUACGACGGACUGCGCUUCAAUCUGUCUGAACACAACAAACACAUGGAGCCUUUAGAGAAGAGUUUAUCGCUCUGGACGACUCUGCUGAAGGACGGCUCUGUACCUGCAGUGAGGGACCCCAAACACACCACCACCUCCAUCUCACUAAUGGCCUCGCUUUAUACACUCAUGGGCAAGCCUCUGCAGGCUCUGGAGUGUUAUCAGCUGGCUGCAUCUCUCUUCCGGCUCCUGGGUGAUUUCCAGAACAGCGCCGUGGCUUCAUUCCACGCUGCGAAACUCCUUUUGGACCUGGGAUCUCCACAACUCGCACAGGUGCCGUUGGAUCAGGCACAGUGCUGUUUAACUGCAGAUAUGAGCUGUGAGGGAAUGACCAUCCUGUCGGUCACUAACGCACUGCUCAGAGCACAACUCUGCUAUGCGUCAGGAGAGGUGGAAGAAGGUGUACGCAGUCUCUGUGAGGUGUUGAAGGAGACUGCACUACAUCACUCCAAAAGCUGGUAUCUGCUGAAAGCUCGAGCUCUGCAGACUGCCAGUGCCUACCUCAGUCUGGACACGGGGACCCUGCACACACACCUGCGCCAGACCAUUGUCCAGCACGGUUUAAAGACUCCAGACACGACCCAGUAUGAAGCCCUGAAGCUGUUGUGCAGUCUGGUGAUGAUGCUGCUGGGAAACGGCUUUUACGGAGCGCCUGGUCUCAACACAGACACUCAGUUUGUAGACCAAGGGGACAGCGUGGUGUUUAAAUGGCUGUUGCUUAGUGAGGUGUUGCUCUGCUCGGAGAGGAUGGUGCGCUUGAGGAGCAGCAGUGGAACAGCUCAUGAGGCCAAAGCUCAGUGCCUUGAGGCCCUCAAACUUGCCACUAAACUGCACACACUCAGCCACUGUGCUGAGCUGUUGGUGUUGAAGGCUGAACUGGAGUUGAUGAAAGGUGCAGGUGAAGCCAGUGUUUUGGAUCUGGAGCAGGUCAGACACUUGCUGGACUUUUGUACAGAUUUUGGUCAUCAGCAUCAGCAGAAGUCUGAGGUGAAGAUAAAACCCCGUAAAGGCCGCCCGGCUGUGAAAGCCUCCGCCCCCGAGCUCCCGGAGGAGGAAGAGGAGGAUGUGCGUGGGCUCCUGAGCUCUCGCUCAUUGGGCCGUGAAGCUUUAGAGGAGCUGUCUGAGUUGGGGCAGGACGCGUCCCCUCCUCUGAAGCCCAAACGGCAGCGUAUGUUGUCCUGCCUGAGUCAUGCUGAGAGCUGCUCCUGUCCCUGCUGUACUGAACCCAGCCUGGCUCGAGUCAGUGUGCUCUGGGCCCUGGCACAAGCCGACGCCCAGAACGAGGCGCAGAGUUCACGCAGACUACGCCACGUAGCUAAACUUCGCUGUCGCAGCAUCAGCGUGAAACUCUACACCCGCUUGGCAGCACUGGUGCCCGUUAAAUGUUCAGAAAAGCCGUGCAUGCUGCAGCCGGAGAUUGUGAGACUGCAGCUGAGCGCAGUGCUGACACAGCUGUGCUGCGGCGUGGCCGAGACGGGGAAAGCCACCGCUCUGUGGGAGGAGAUAGAGGCAGGGCUGGAGGCUGUGGAGCCCAGAGGGGCACGGUUACCUGAGCUGGGGCCUCUGAAGGCGGCUCUGCUGGGGGCCAAAGCUGUGGCCUGCUGCCUGGCUCUGGCUGGAAAGAAGCAGUGCAGCCCUGAUGAGCUCUUCUCCUCUGUGUGGGGCUGGGCUCCUCCGACGGCUCCUAAAAUCAAAACACAAGUCAAACCCCGAGGAAAGAGCUCCAGCGGUGACAAACCUCUCCCAGCCACAGCACCAUCGGCGAAGAACCUCAUGGAGAUCAAACAGGAGGCCUGUGUAGAACCGGGGGGUAAAAAAACCCGAGAGGUCACUAUCGGUUCCUCGAAGAAACCCAAGACCUCUGUGCCAAAAAUCAGCAUCACGAAGCCUGCCAUGGUAUUUAAAACCCCACGAGCAACCAGAACCCCCAGACCCAGGUCUGUCUCCGUCGUGACUCCGGUUGACAUGGCCACUGACCUGAGUGCGUUUGACUUCACCAACGAGGUUCCUGAUAUUGCAGUCAGCGCCACCCCUCUUCCUGUGGCCAAGGCCACGCCCAGUAGUCGCUCUGGGGUUACAAGAUCAAAGGAUGUGCCAAAGGGUUCCUUCCAGGUUUUUGAAGAUUCGUCCCCACUGCAAGAGAAACCCGUCCCUGUUCCAGCUGCUCCGAAACGGACCAAACGUUCACGCUUUAAGGUGGAGUUCAGUGAUGAGAGCGAUGCGGAGACGGCUGAUGCGCUGGAGACAAAGUCCGAGAAGCGUCCCGUCUCCUGUACACCAAAACCCCCCUCCGAGCCCUGUCUGAGCCGAGCUCCAGCGCAGGACCGGCCCAGACGCACAAGAACCACCAAGAAAAGCACCGCCCUGUGUACCAGCGGUGCCUCCUCCGAGGAAGAAACGCAGCCACGACGGGGACGGUCCAGAAAAGCUCAGAGCUCCGAUGACGUGGAGAAACCGGAGAGGAUGAGGAUGAUCCGAGAGGAUGAGGUUGGAGACGGGCUGGAUAUCAGCCUGGAGGACCUUCAGGAGUCUGACUCGGAGAUGGUGAACGCAGGAAGUGCAGCUGACGGCCCUGACGCUGACUGUGAGGUGCUGAGGAGAGACCUGGGAGCAGAUCUGACCAGAGACUGUGUGAAGGAGCUCAGGAGCUCUGGACAGGCAGGAAUACCAGUACCCCACACACACGUCACACCAGGUGAGCUCUCAGUGGAUGGGAUCCAAUCACUUUUGACCUCCUCUUGGCUCCUUGUCCAUCAUUUUCCAAACCCCUCCCUCUACCCACACCUGUGCUCGCUGCUCGCCCUGUUACUCGGCCCGUCUGAUCCCAUCACCACGGCGAUGCUGCAUGCUCAGUCACUGGGUGUGUCCUCUCGUCACCAUAUGACUCGUCACCUGGCCAGUCGGAUUAGGAAGCUGAAGAAGUCGAACGGUGAUGUUGUGGAGAGUCUGAGCGGACUGAGUCUGGAGGAAUCCUCCAAUCACACGCAGACAAAGACUCUGUCUGCACUCGAGAGGAUUUACUCCUUCACCUGCACACAGCCGACUCAGUUCCCGCACGCGCACUGCCGAGAGUUCACGCAGCAGCUCAAACACCUGCCCACAGGUGUAACUGUGUGUUUGCUGUCUCUCGUGGGGGCGUGUCCUGGUGACAUUGGCAGCACCAUUCUUAUCUCACGACUGGAGCGUGACUCCACCCCCAUCACCAUGAGGAUCCCGACUGCACGAACACACCGCUCUAUGGCUGUGCUGCUGGAGGAGAUGGAGGCGGUGCUAGAGGGCCAGAAGAAGGUCAGCGCAGUAGCAGACAAGGCACAGUGGUGGGAGGGCAGGAAGGCUCUUGACGCUCGAGUGCAGAAACUUCUUGAGGACAUGGAGGCGGCUUUGGGUGUAUGGCGAGCAUUGCUCCUCCCCUUGACCUCUGACCCUGAGCUCCCAGCUCAAAUGAAACUCCUUCAGUCAUCACUAAAAGGAAUGAAGAUCACAGUGGACAUGCUGAAGGUGAUUCUUUCCGCAGCUCCUCUGCUGUCUCGCUCUGACCUGCAGUCUCUGUGUGAGGGGGCGUGUCUGCAUGACGGAGACUUCCUGAAGCUGCUACAGAAGAGUGUGUGUGAGCUGAAGUGGAGAGAGGAACCGCGUGGACACACAGUCCUCAUCUUAGACAAGUAUCUUCAGAAGCUGCCAUGGGAGAACAUCUCGUGUUUAAAGCCUCGUUCUGUCACUCGUAUGCCUUCACUGCACGCUGUACUGGGGCACAGUCAUCUCCGAGAGGUGGAUCCAGACUGCGUGCUGUCCCGUGGUGUUGAUCCUCAACAGGUUUAUUUUGUUCUGAACCCUGAUGGAAACCUGCCUGAGACGGACAAGCGCUUCAGAGACUGGUUUACUGGUGAGCAGGCGUGGAAGGGUGUGUGUGGAGCUCCUCCUGAUCCUGAUCAGCUCCAGGAGGUCGUCGCCACUAAAGACCUGUACAUUUAUGUGGGACACGGAGCUGGAGCGCGCUUCCUGGACUCUCAGCGGCUGCUCCGAGGGAACGUUCAUGCCGUGGCGCUGCUCUUCGGGUGCAGUAGUGCUGCGCUCAGUGUGCAGGGAAACCUCGAGGGAACUGGAAUCACCCUCAGCUACCUCACCGCUGGGUGCCCGUUAGUGUUGGGGAACCUGUGGGAUGUGACGGAUCGUGAUAUCGACCGCUUCACCUCUGCCCUCUUACAGUCCUGGCUCUCCGGGGGCUCAGGCUCCUCCCUACUCCAGCAUCUGGUCCAAUCACGUGAUGCCACACACCUCAAACACAUGAUCGGCGCUGCACCGGUCGCCUACGGCCUUCCUGUACACCUGUGUUAACGCACGCCAUCCGUUAGCGUCAGUCCUGUUUUUACAGAGUCUUACUGAACAUGUUUGCAGCGUUGAUGUCGCAUAAUCGCAUCGCAUGAGGAAAGUAACGCAUACUGUGUUUACAGCUUCAUUAAUACAUGACGCAGUGUAUUUUGAAUACUUGUUUUAAAUUUGUUUCCAAUUUUAAAGUGCUGUGUAACACAUUAACUUAUUAAAUUUAUGAAAUAGAUUUUUCACAUUUGACAUUGUGCAGUUUCACUAAAAAUAAAAGUUGAAAGUUACUUUCGCAAA